AAAUUAUUUUAUUGCAAUAAGAAAAUGAUGUAAAAAUGUGUUUUUUAUAUUAAUACAUUUGAACAGGACACGAUAUUUUGAUUUCUCUUUGUCUUCAAGUUCAUCCUCACCAGAAACCCCUCUUGUCGCACUGACGGUCCUGUCUCUUUAAGAGCACCAGCCCCUGCUCUGCACAACUGUUCCAUGCAAAUGUGACAAGCCGAACGUGCCGGUAGCCAAUCAGAGGCGAGCUCUAACCGCGGGAGAUCCAAAUUUCGCGGGACGGAGUUUGGCGCUAAAAAAGACUGCUGUUCCCCAGCUCUUGUUCCCUUGUAUGGAGAGAGGAGCCGUGAAGCGGACGGACAGCGGUCUCGAACUGGGUCGUGUUCUGCUCCAGACGGAGUCUCUGUUCCAAACCCGAUCCUGAAGACACUCGGAGAAAUAUCUGCUCUUCCUUACACCGGAUGUUUUAAAUACUUUACCUAUAUAGGAAGCGUUAUUUAUUUAUAACCGCUCCCGUCUCUCCUAACCGGACCAGCCCGGGUCACGUUUAGUUUUACUCGGGAACAUGAUGCGGAUGCCUAAAGGCGUCUCUCCAGCCCCACCAGCGGGACUCUCCUGCUCUCAGCAGCAGCAGAAGCUGAAGGUUUUGUCCAAGUCGGACUUCUUCUGCACCGGACUGUCCAGCCCACCGAUGAGCUCCAUCAUACCAGCCGGCUACUUCACCCAGAUCUGUAACACCGCCGCGGCGGAACAAAGAGCCAACAGCCUGUACUCAACCCCCCACGGACCCGAGGCGAAGCCCAUCAGAUCAUCCUCCGGGCGGCUGCCGGCCAAAAGGAAGCUGGAUCUGGAGGACCCUCUGUACCUGCCGGAGUUCCGAACCCCCAAAGGCAAAGGCAGCGUUACGGCGGGGAUACCGAGUCCACGGACUCCAAAGUCUCCAGGUGAGCGGACGCGUUACGACACCUCCCUGGGCCUGCUGACCAAGAAAUUUGUGGGACUGAUUGCCGAGUCUCCAGACGGGGUUCUCGACCUCAACUGGGCCACCGAGGUUUUGGAAGUCCAGAAGAGGCGCAUCUAUGACAUCACAAAUGUCCUCGAGGGCGUCCAGCUCAUCCGGAAGAAGUCUAAGAACAACAUCCAGUGGCUUGUGGGGGAUGUUUUUGAAGGUGGUGCAGGUGGCGGAGAAAAGGCGUGUGCCUUGAGAGAGGAGCUGGGAGACCUGGAGAGAGCUGAGCGUUCCCUGGAUGACCUGAUCCAGUCUAGCACCACGCAGCUCAAACAGCUGACGGAAAACAAAGACAGCCAGAGUUUGGGCUACGUGACAUACCAGGACAUCCGCUCCAUCGCCAGUCUCCUGGACCAGACGGUCAUCGCUGUCAAAGCUCCUGCAGAGACCAAGCUAGAGGUCCCAGACACGGCAGCGAGCAAACUCCAGAUCUAUUUAAAAAGCCGAAACGGGCCCAUCGAGGUCUACCUUUGUCCAGAGGAGGUGCUUGAAGGUCCCAGUCCUGUGAAGAUCUCUAUUUCACCCAAAAAGGAACCUCCUCAAAGCCCGGAGCCACCGGCUGCGACCCCGGUGACCCCACAGAGUUAUAGCAUUAAGGAGGAGCCCAUUGAAGCCGCUGUGUCCACAGCAGCUCCAGUCUCCUCCACCUCCUCUCUGCUGGACGUCGAGGGUCUCCUCGGUUUGCCUCCCAGCCUGCUUCAGAUCACCGAGGACCAGCUCCCCGGCACCUCCUUCACCUCAGGCCCCAACACCCCCUUCGUUAGCUUCUCUCCCCCUUUAGACCAGGACGACUACCUCUGGAGCCUGGACGAUGGCGAGGGUGUGUCGGAUUUCUUCGACACCUAUGAUCUGGGCGACUUGUUGAGGAGCUGAUGUAUGGGGGAGGUGGGUUAAUAUUCAGACAAAUGCCCUUUCGGGGCAGAUGUUUUUACACUAUGAAGCCAUUUCCUGUUUUAGCCGCGGCAGUUGGAGGACUCGCCACCUUGUACGUUUUAGUUUUGUAAUUUACAAAUCAUUUGUACAUAGUGUAAAGAUGCUUUAAAAAAGUGGAAAUGUUUUUAAAAAAGCAUGGAGGUGUUUUUUUUUAAAUUUCCACACAGACUACUGAAAAACAAAAUAAAACAGGACUUGGUGUAUGUACCACAGCGGGAAUGUGGCCGUCAGAUCUCAGGAAUUCUUUGUUCUUCCUCAUUUCCAAAAUUUGACAGGAAAAAAAGAUUGCACCACCUAAUGACCUCUAGGGGGCAGUCUUGUAUAAUGUCAGCUUUAACCAGCGUGCAGCUUUGCAGGAUUCAAUCACUGGAUUAGGAUGAAGCUUUAGGAGCCAGGUGCGUUUCCUUUUCACCAAAUGAAGUUGUGAUUUAACUCCAUACUGGAUCUACGGAUUCCUGAAGGUGCUCUUGUUGGAUCAGGAUUUCUUUUCAUGUCUUUAACGCUUUCUCUCAGGCCCUGAACUGGAUGAGUCCCAAAACGAGGCUAGUGAUUGAUAAUGGUGGCUUCAUUUCACACCCAGGAGCUCCUCCGAUGAUCCGAGUUUGAUAAAUGUCGAUUUCGAAGCGCAAAACUACUUUUGUAUUUCUUAGGAAAUAAGUCCAAAUCAGUUAAAUGCAGCAGGUGUGCUGCAGGAGUUCAAUUUGAGGAUCUUUUCUUCCUCUUGUGUUGGAAUGAGUUAAAUUUUGCGCUUAAGAGGAACAUAAAUAAUGAGGAAAUAAUAUUUGUACUGUUUAGAUUUUUGGGUUUGUUCAACACUUUUGUGGUUCUUCACCAUUAAAUUUGAACUGUUCCUUUGUUUUCAGGAUGUUUCUAGAGACUUUUAUGAACUUUAUUCUUGCUAAAUAUCUUUUUGGCUUUCCCUCUACAGUACAGAGAUAAGCUAAUUGUCCUGUCCUAACGAAACUUGAAAGUAAGUGUGUGUGUGUGUGUGUGUGUGUGUGUGUGUGUGUGUGUGUGUGUGUGUGUGCGUGUGUGCAUGUUUGUGUGCUAGGAUGUUGUUUUGCAUCAGUGUGUGUGUGUGUGUAUUAUUGUGUAGAAUAGGGAGUGUGAAUUCUGAAUUUGUAGGGUUUUUUCAAUGAAAAUUUAUGUAUUUUGGUAUUUGUACAUAAAUCAUUUUGUAUUUAUAUCUAUUUUUUGCAGAAGUUUGAACCAGUUUUUGUACGACUUACAGCACUUAAUGUUUUUGUAAUAUUGUGUGGUCUGUUUGAAGUUUUUGAAUAAAUGCUGAAGCCAUUGAUUACA